AUGUCGGGAUCGGAUGCGACUGGGGGCUGGAUAGCCUACCAAUAUAACCCGUCGAUGCCGGCGGCUGUCAUUUUCGCGGCGUUUUUCAUGAUCGGUACCUUUUUGCACACGUUCCGUAUGAUUCAGACUCGGACGUGGUUUUUGAUUCCCCUGGUUAUCGGAGGAUACUUCGAGGCGGUUGGAUACAUCGGACGCGCCAUGUCGGCAUCUCAAACCCCAGACUGGACUCUCGGCCCGUACAUCAUGCAGAGCACCCUGUUGCUGGUCGCCCCGGCCCUCUUCGCCGCGAGUAUAUACAUGGAGUUGGGGAGAAUCAUUUCCCUCGUCAAGGCGGAGAAGCUGGCUAUCAUCCGGGUCAACUGGAUGACCAAGAUCUUUGUCGCUGGGGAUGUGCUCAGAGCGGGCAUCAUGGUCAAUGGAUCCCCAACUAUGGGCCAGAACCUCAUUGUCGGCGGUUUAUUCGUGCAGAUCGCCUUCUUCGGCUUCUUCGUCGUGAGCGCUCUGGUCUUCCAAAUCCGGAUCGCAAGUCGCCCAACUGACGAGGCGCGGAAUGAUCUGAUCCCCUGGAGAAAGCACAUGUUCGCCCUGUACAGCUCGAGUGUUCUGAUCCUCAUCCGAUCGGUCUUUCGAGUGGUCGAGUACCUGGAGGGCUCGGAUGGGUAUCUCCUGCAGCACGAGGUGUUCAUCUACUUGUUUGAUGGACUGCUGAUGUUGUCGGUGUUGGUGAUUUUCGUGGUGAUCCAUCCGAGUGAAGUGAAACGCCUUCUCGGGCGCGCGGGGGCUAGCACGUUGAAGGGAGUAGAGAUGUCCAUGUCUGUAUAG